GGAAUGUUCAACACCUGUGAUUUCUGUUCAAUCACUCAAGUGCUGUUGGGCUCCCUGCCAGUCUUGCUUAGUGGUUCAAAUUAAAUGGUAUCCUUUCUGUCCAAGGAGCUUCUGUAUACCAAGCCAUUUUUUUUUGUGUGUGGUAGUUGUUGUACCUAGCCAGGCAUUAUGACAGAAUAUACUCUGCAAGUGACUACAGGAAGCAUGCUGCAUGCAGGAACAUUUGAUAACUUGUAUGUUACUCUAAUCGGUUCUGAGAGGCAAUCGGAGCGCACCCAGCUGACCAGUUUUGGGUUAGAUGAUAAAACUGGAAAGGUGGGAACGUAUUCUGUGACGACAUUUUUUUCUUUAGGAUGUCUUCUUCUCCUCAAGUUGGAGAAGGAUCCUUUCCAUGAGUCCCUGGAAAAGGAUUGGUUUUGCUCCACAAUAGUGGUGAAGACUCCAGAGAAUGAUGAAAUUCUUUUCCCCUGUCACAGAUGGAUGUCUAGGGGGGAAAUUGCGUUGUUGAGAGGUGGAAGAGCUACAAAACCUUCCGAAGAUCUCCAUCCUCGACUAGUAGAGCAACGGAAAAAAGAAUUGGUCCAACAAAAAUUAAUGUACAAAUGGGAGAAGUAUGAAGAUGGCGUCUCAUACAUCUCAAACAUCAAGGAUCUAAAAGCUCUUUCUGCAGAUAUCAGCUACUCCUUCUUAAAAGCCUUUCAAUUUAAACACAUAGGUGAACUAAUAUCAGCUGAGCUCAACAUGAAAAAUCUGACAGAUGAGCCCUGGGAAAGCUUCGAGGCCAUGAAGGGCUUCUCCUGGUUAAAAAAGUCCCCCUUCUUAGACUAUAUGUUUCAGCACUGGAAGGACAAUGACUUUUAUGGAUACCAGUUUCUUAAUGGCCCCAACCCCAAUGUGAUCCAACGCUGCUCAAAACUUCCUUCCAACUUCCCUGUCACAGAGGAAAUGGUGAAACCGUUUCUGGCCAAUGGAAGCUCUUUGACUGCAGAGAUCAAGAAGGGCAAUAUAUUCAUUAUCGAUUACAAGAUCAUGGAUGAUCUACCUCAGAAACUUAUUGAUGGUAAACCGGCACCUCUGACUCCUGCACUCUGCCUGCUGUACCUGAAUCCAGAGAAGAAACUACUGCCCAUAGCAAUUCAGCUUGGUCAGAAGCCUGUAGAGGAGACCCCAAUUUUUCUGCCGAGUGACUUGGAGUCUGACUGGCUGUUGGCCAAGAUAUAUGUGAAGCAUGCGGAUGCCCUCUACAGUGCAGUGAUUGCUCAUUUGCAGGACACUCAUCUACUGGCAGAAGUUUUUACAAUGGCAACAUAUCGAAAUCUCCCAAAGAAUCACCCACUGUACAAGCUGCUGAUGCCCCAUCAUCGAUACACCCUCCACAUAAGCAUCUUGGCUCGUGCUCGACUUCACGGCCCUGGAAGACUUCUUACAAAAUUUUCUCUUGGAGCAGAUGCAAUAACAGAACUAUUAAGGAAAGCGCUCUCCCAGACGACGUACACUUCCCUCUGUCUACCUGAAAACAUUGCAGCUAGAGGACUAGAGUCCAUCCCCAACUUUUAUUACAGAGACGAUGCACUGAGGCUGUGGAGCAUCAUCAACAGCUUUGUCAAGGCAGUGGUGGUAUUUUAUUAUCCAUCUGACAGUGAAGUGUCUGGAGACUCUGAGCUCCAGGAAUGGGUCAAUGAGAUCUUCUACUAUGGAUUUCUGGGAAAUGAUAACUCAGGAAUCCCUUCAAGCUUUCAAACUGUGGAGGAACUGAUCAGGUUUGUCACUAUGGUGAUUUUCACAUCAUCAGUCCAGCAUGCUGCGGUUAACAGUCCACAGUUAGAUUUUCUAGGUUGGAUUCCCAAUGCUCCAUUUGUGCUGCACCAACCUCAACCAACAACAAAAGGGCAGUCGAGCAUGGAGGCCAUCUUGGCGACUCUGCCAAAUAAAUCACUUUCAGGACUUCAGUCUUCACUUAUGUGGAGGCUCAGCGAGAUGUCUGAUGACUUUGUACCUCUGGGUACUUAUCCCCAGCAACGCUUUGAUGAGCCUGCAGUCUUGCAGAUGAUCAAGGAUUUUCAAGCCGAGCUGUCCUCCCUCAAUGUGGCCAUUACCAAGAGGAACUCUGAGCUUGAGCUGCCUUAUUAUUACCUGAACCCUAAAGAAAUAGAAAACAGUGUAACCCAAUAGCAGAUGAAGAGCAUAAUGUCAUCGGUAAACAAGCUGUCACAGCUUUGUUGUAUGACAUAUUGCUACCAAUAUUGUGAUUAAUGUACUGUAAGUGACACUGUUAGUUUAUCCUGAAAGUAAAGAUUGAGACUUAUGUGGGUGAUGUACUUUGUUUUAUUAGGUAGGUGAGAGUACCUAUACAAUACAUGGUGUUUGUGAUCUGAACUAAUCCAUUGAGCUCCUUGAUCAGGUGAUAGCCAGGCAUUCCUCAUGCUCUGGAUCUGCAGUUGAAAGCAACUGUGGCACCUCGAUCCUGUAAGGUUAUCUUUGGUAAAAAGAUUCAUGAUACCCGAAAAGAGAAUUGUGAUCACUUUGAUCCACUGAUGUUUCAUCUGAUGCCACUUUUGGAUCAAACUUUGAAUGCCUAUUCUGUAAUCUAAUUAUGGAGGUAUCUGCAUUUG